AGGCCGGGUCGCGCCCGCCGCGCCCGCGCUCCAGUCCCCCGCCUGGCUGGCACCACUCUUGCCGCCCAGGUCCUGCUGCUCUCCCUCCGCCAAGGGUGCCAGGCCUUGGAGUUUGCCUCACAUCUCCCGCCUGAAGCCAGGCGCGAGGUGUCGCCUGAGGCCGGACAACCAGUUUGGGAGCGAGCCUAAGUUUGGGAGAAGAUGGCUGCAUCUGUGUUUGUGUGGGGAAGAUGACUGUGGCCUUCUUUGUUACCCAAUGCAAUUUGUGAAUGGAACCAAAAUUUGCCGGUGCUUUUGUUUGCAACCGGAAUUGUUUGCAAACAGAAGGAUUCAUGAACUGAGGUCAAGCAAUCAACGCCUAUGAUGGACAGACAGGUCUGCAUUCCCCCAGAGCUGCCUGAACUGCUCAAGCAGUUCACCAAAGCCGCCAUCCGGACGCAGCCCCAGGACCUCAUCCAGUGGGGUGCCGAGUAUUUUGAGGCCAUGGCUCGAGGACAGAUUCCUCCUGUGAGAGAGCAGCCUGAGCGAGUCACCUCAUCCAACUGGACAGAACUGACACCGGAGCUGUUAAAGAUCCUGCAUUCUCGGGUUGCUGGCAGACUGAUCAUCCAUGCAGACGAGUUGGCCCAGAUGUGGAAGGUGCUGAAUCUCCCGAUGGAUCUGUUUAAUAGUGUGAUGAAUGUGGGUCGCUUCACGGAAGAGAUUGAAUGGCUGAAGUUUUUAGCCCUUGCUUGCAGCUCGCUUGGAGUUACCAUUGCCAAAACGCUCAAGAUAAUAUGUGAAGUUUUAUCCUGUGACCAUGCUGGUGGGCCUCCCCGGAUUCCCUUCAGCACCUUUCAGUUUCUCUACACCUAUAUAGCCGAGGUGGAUGGGGAGAUCUCUGCAUCCCAUGUCAGCAGAAUGCUAAACUACAUAGAACAUGAAGUAAUUGGUCCUGAUGGUUUAAUCAAGGUGAAUGACUUUACCCAAAACCCCAGGGUUCGGCUGGAAUAAAAGCGCAGUCAAUUUUGGCAAUUUUAAAGGAAGAUACAGAGAUGAUUGUGCUUCAGAGUCCCUGAACCAGACACACCAUUCAAAGUCAGUUUUCUUGUACAACUGGUACAUACUAAUAAACAUA